CCAUCAUGUUCUUAUUCGCCCGUCACGCGCGUCUCGCCCUCUCCUCGUUACCCUCUCCCGCGCGUCCUCUCACGCGCCGCCUCCUUUGCCUCGCUAUAAAUACCGCUCCCUUCCCUCUCAGAAAUCAAAUUCUCGAUCUCGACUCGUCCAGCUCUCGCCAUCGCCUUCCCCUUCGCCGUCUCUCGAGGCACCUCUCCGUCUCCUCGAGUCGCGGGAUGGGAUCGCUCUCCGCGCUGGACGAGCCAUUGCAGUAUCCGGCUGCUCGCAGAGACGAGUCCGUCGUUGAUGAUUACUUCGGCGUCACGAUAUCCGAUCCUUAUCGCUGGCUUGAAGAUCCUGACAGUGAAGAAACAAAGGAGUUUGUGCAAAAUCAGGUGAAAUUGACGCAGACAGUUUUGAAGACGUGUGAUGUGAGGGAUAAGCUUCAUGAAAAGAUUACAAAGCUAUUCGAUCAUCCUCGAUAUAAAGCACCCUUCAGGCGAGGGAACAAAUACUUUUAUUUCCAUAAUACAGGGCUCCAAGCGCAAGACAUCCUUUACGUGCAGGGUAGUUUAGAUGCAGAAGCAGAAGUUUUGCUCGAUCCUAAUGCUCUUAGUGAAGAUGGAACCGUCUCUUUGAACACUCUUUCAGUCAGCGAGGAUGCCAAAUAUUUGGCUUAUGGACUUAGUUCCAGUGGAAGUGAUUGGGUGACAAUUCAUGUUAUGCGGAUUGAGGAUAGGAAAGUCGAGCCUGAUAAAUUAUCAUGGGUCAAAUUUUCGUCUAUCAGUUGGACCCAUGAUGGCAAAGGGUUUUUCUACAGCCGCUACCCAGCUCCUAAAGAGGGAGAUAUUGAUGCUGGGACUGAGACCAACUCGAACCUUUAUCAUCAAGUAUACUAUCAUUUUGUGGGCACCGAUCAAUUUGAAGAUGUAUUAUGCUGGAGGGAUCCUGAUAAUCCGAAGUACAGUGUUGGAGCCUGCGUCACAGAUGACGGGAAGUAUGUUCUGUUGUAUUUAGCUGAAGGUUGUGAUCCCGUCAACAAGAUUUACUACUGCGACAUGUCCAGCCUGCUGGAUGGGAUUGAAGGUCUGAAGAAGAGAAAUGAACUACUCCCUUUUGUUAGACUUGUAGAUAACUUUGAUGCAAAGUAUGAAGCUGUUGCAAAUGAUGAAACUCUAUUUACUUUCCUGACGAACAAAGACGCCCCCAGAUAUAAAUUAGUCAGGGUGGAUCUGAGGGAACCCCAUAUUUGGACUGAUGUCAUAGAAGAAGCUGAGAAGGAUGUGCUGGAAUCAGCUUCUGCAGUCAAUCAUAACCAACUGAUAGUGAGUUAUUUGAGUGAUGUGAAAUGUGUGGUGCAGAUAAGGGAUUUAAAAACAGGUUCUUUGCUGUAUCAAUUGCCCAUUGACAUUGGGACAGUUCAUGGUAUAUCUGCCCGGCGUGAAGAUAGUACCAUUUUUUUUGGCUUUACUAGUUUUCUUUCUCCCGGUAUCAUAUAUCAGUGUGAUCUACAGAAUGAGGUUCCAGAUAUGAAGAUCUUCCGUGAAAUUAUAGUUUCUGGAUUUGAUCGUUCAGAGUUCCAUGUCAAUCAGGUUUUUUUGUCUAGUAAGGAUGACACCAAGAUACCCAUGUUCAUAGUAUCCAGAAAGAAUAUAUCUCUGGAUGGAUCACACCCAUGUUUGUUAUAUGGUUAUGGCGGAUUCGACAUUAGCCUGACGCCAUCCUUUAGCGUCACCCGUACUGUACUCGCGAGACACUUGGGAGCUGUUUACUGCAUAGCAAACAUACGUGGUGGUGGCGAGUAUGGAGAGGAAUGGCACAAAGCUGGGUCCUUGGCAAAAAAGCAGAACUGCUUUGAUGAUUUCAUCUCUGCUGCUCAGUACCUCAUUUCUGCAGGUUACACCCAACCCAGAAAGCUGUGCAUUGAAGGGGGAAGCAAUGGUGGACUACUUAUUGGGGCUUGUAUAAAUCAGAGACCCGAUCUUUUUGGCUGUGCUUUGGCCCAUGUUGGUGUUAUGGACAUGCUGCGAUUUCACAAAUUUACUAUUGGGCAUGCAUGGACUUCUGAUUAUGGAUGCGCGGACAAAGAGGAAGAAUUCCAUUGGUUGAUUAAGUACUCACCGCUGCAUAAUGUGAGGAGGCCAUGGGAAGAAUGUCCGGAUCAAUCAGUCCAGUACCCACCUACCAUGCUGUUGACUGCUGACCACGACGAUCGGGUUGUGCCACUGCACUCGUUGAAGUUAUUGGCUACGAUGCAAUACGUCCUGUGCACAAGCCUUGAGAAAAGCCCCCAAAGGAACCCCAUAGUAGGUCGAAUCGAGUGCAAAGCCGGGCAUGGAGCCGGGCGUCCUACAAAGAAGAUGGUAAAAUCUCUCUCUCUCUCUCUCCAUUUAACACCGUGGUCUUUUUAUGCAACUUUUCGUGGCUUCUGUGGUUCAGAUCGAUGAAGCUGCUGAUCGUUAUGGUUUCAUGGCGAAUAUGCUGGAUGCUUCCUGGAUUGAGUAGAUGAAGUGAUUGAUCGAUCAGAAACCACACUUCUUGUAGAGUUCCGCAUCUUUUGGAUUCCAGAUUGGGUUCGAUUCUCGCGUUCCCAUAAGCAUUAUGGAUAAUUUAUUGUUCAUUGUUAGCUUCA